UUGGCUGUAGCCCGUGUCGGUCAUUUGAUGACUUCCCGCCCCCUGUCAGUGACGUGAGUGGUGAGGAACAUGGCGCUGUCGAGGAGGUUAGUCUGCUGACAGUCGGCCUGAUUCAUUUCCUGUAGCUGAUGUCGUUUAAUCCACAUUAAUAAAAACAUAUGAAAUAUGAUAUUAAGGUGAGCGCUCGCUUCGUCUCCAUGGAAAACGGGACACUACAUCUCCUCGCGCUGUUCGCUGUCGUCAGCUGAAAAAUGUUAGCAUUCCCCUGCUAGCUGGAGCUAGUUAGCCGGCUAACAGCAACUCGCAAAACAGACCGAAGAUAUGCUCGUUUAUGUCGCCGACAAUGACGUUAAACUCGUUGUAACCAAUGACUGAGGCGGUUCAUUUAGUAGCAAACCGGACAUUAUUUGUUUAGGAAGAAAUCUCCGAUCAGCUAACGUCUCGCUAGCUAAGCUAGGAGGAUGGGGAGCCGCCAUGGAUACGUGUUGUUGCUCGCCAGUGGGAUUCUGCUGUCGGCGGUCUGGCUGUCUGAAGGUGCUCCUCUUCGUCAUCAUCACAAAUCAGCUGUAAGCACAGGGGACACUGCUUCCACCUCGCUCUACCUGGCCUUGGUGGUAUCACUGACGGCGCUUCUGGUCCUGGUGGUGCUGCUGGUAAACUGUGUGACCUGCUGCAAGGAAAGGGAGAUCAACUUCAAGGAAUUUGAGGACAACUUUGAGGAUGAGAUCGACUUCACUCCACCGGCAGAGGACACGCCGUCUAUGCAGUCUCCAGCCGAGGUGUACACCCUCGCUGUGUCCCCUGUGGCCCUACCUGGACCUCCACACCUCCAACCCCCUGCUCGCCUCACAGAGGGAUCCACAAGCUUCCAGGUUGCACGUCACAAUCUCAGCUACAUCCAGGAGAUCGGCAACGGCUGGUUUGGCCAGGUUCUACUGAGUGAAAUCUACACAGAUCCAGGUGGAACCAGAGUUGUGGUGAAGGAGUUAAAAGCUAAUGCAAAUGCCAAGGAGCAGAAUGACUUCCUGCAGCAAGGAGAUCCAUACAGAGUGCUGCAGCAUCCAAACAUCCUCCAGUGCCUAGGCCAGUGUGUGGAGGCCAUUCCCUUCCUGCUCGUCUUUGAGUACUGUGAAAUGGGGGAUUUGCGGGGCUACCUGUCUCAGCAGGACUGGAUGUUCCGAAAUGCCGAGUUACUGCAGCUGCAGAGGAUGGCCUGUGAAAUUGCUGCUGGCAUCACUCACCUCCACAAACACAACUUCCUGCACAGUGAUUUGGCUCUGAGGAACUGCUACCUGACGGCAGAUCUUACUGUCAAAGUAGGAGACUAUGGAAUUGGACCCUACAGAUACAAAGAGGAUUACAUCAUCACUGAGGAUGAUGUGUUUGCUCCGCUUCGCUGGUUGGCUCCUGAGCUGGUGGGUGAACGCCACGGGGGUGUGAUCACUAUAGAGCAGACCAAGCCCAGCAAUGUGUGGGCCUUGGGGGUGACGUUGUGGGAGCUCUUUGAGAGCGCAACUCAGCCGUAUCCACAUCUGUCUGACCGCGAGGUUCUCAACCAUGUGAUCAAGGAGCAACAAGUCAAACUCUUCAAGCCACAGUUGGAGCUGCCCUAUUCGGACAGAUGGUUCGAGGUCCUGCAGUUCUGCUGGCUGUCCCCAGACAAGCGGGCUACAGCAGAGGAAGUGCACCGUUUGCUCAUCUACCUGCGAAUGCAAGGCCAGAAGGACAUAGAGGAAGAUUUUGAUCAACGCUGGGAUGCUCUCAAGCCCAACCCCUCCACACGGCAGACCACUGUCAGCCAUUCCUCGUACCCUAUCUUGGAGCAGUUUGCUGAUGAUGCCCUGCGACAAGAGAUCGAUGAGGUUCUGACCGUCACUGAAACUAGCAAAGGUCUCAGCUUUGAGUAUGUUUGGGAGGCAGCUAAGCACGACCACUAUGAAGGCAGCCAUGGUCGCUCAGGCAUGGACACAACAUUGAACUACCACAGCAUGUUCUUUCCUGCUUCCAGUGAAGAUAUCAAGGCCCAUUUCCCUGAGCAGGAAGGCAGAGCCGUGGGUACAGAAAGUGGUAAUACUCCAUCAGGAAUACCUGUGAUUGUACCAGUGUUUGAUGCCCAAAAGCCAUGCAAUGGAAAUGAAUAUUACAUCCAACUAGAAGAACAAGGGGAGAGCAAUGUUGGGGUAGAUGGGAACAGAGGACAACACAUGGACUACAGUUCAGGCCGGCAAGAUUUUGUUGUUCUCCAAGAUGUCCGUCUGGAUGAGUCCAGCACUGAUGCAGACUUUUUCCACCAAAGCAUUGACUCCAAGGAUUCCUAUUUACCAGACAGUCACAUAUGGUCAUCCCUUGAAAAUGACAGCCCAUAUCACACCAACAUUUUUACAGAGGGAGGGUCCAAGCAAGAGGAUUCCCCUUCCUGGACACAGACUUUUAUGGAGCUUCCAGAGCGCAACGGGAAUCCUUUCCACACGGGUUUACCUUUGGUCAUUCAAGAUGCAGAUGAAGAUAAUUCCUUUGGGAGUUCUUUUUUAGAGGAUCGUUCAGAAGCCACUCAGCGGGUAGAUCCUGUGAAAGGGGAGCAGGAAAACACAGAUAUGAUGGUGCUUCUGAACACUGAUAAACUAUCAGACAACUUUAUGUUUCUCACGCAGCAGAACCUGAUGAAAGAUGGAUCCAGUUUCUUAAGUCCACAGCAGAAUUUUCUUUCACCUGGCAUGUCCCACCAGCCUGAAGACGCAUUCAAGAUGCGUUCUUGGGACAAUCUUGACACUCUAGGCAGCUUAGACACAGCAGAUACUUAUUCCAAACCUGCAGCAAGUAGCACAUCCUCACGACAGACACUUGUAGACUCUCCCCAUACAAGCUUUGGGGAGUUAAGUCAAACUUUGGUAGACAUUAAUACACUGGUGCCUUCCAUUACAGUGGUCACAGACGAUAACACAAGCAACCAGCUGCCAGUUAGAGAUAGCUCUUCCACCGAAGACCUUGGUCUGCUGCAAGCCUCAGACAGAGGUGUAGACUCUGGUUUUGAUUCUACCUCAGAAAGGUUUGAGGUUGUCAUUAGUCCAAGUGAUGCCCACACCCCUGCUUUCUCUGAAAGUGCCACUAUAGACUCAUGGUGCACAGAUGCCAAAAUUCCCAGCCUUGAAGUCGACCUCGGAACCUCAAAGGACAGUACUCCACUCGGAGGCGGUGAAAUGCCUGAAAACUUGGACGUCCAAGUCUUGUCUUCAGACAUUGGACACAGUGAAGACCUUACAAGCAACGAUCUGUUGAGUGAACUACUCGAGGAUGCAGAUAUAGAACUGGAAACCACUCUGUCUGACCACGAAGAAUCCUUUGUGGACACUAACGGAGAACCUCUUGUGAGAUCUUCUCUGUUGGUCUCUGGGCCAUCGUUGGACCAGAUCAGCCAGGACAGUUUACUGGAUGACAGUAUGUCCGCCACUCUACCAACUAUAGAUAAUUCCGCAGAGACACCAGACUCUCUCGACUCCCUCGAUAUCCACCGGCUCGGGGAACAGGGGGAAGAGCUGAAUGGUCAAAUAGCUCAACACAAACUCCAGCCUCCACACAAAGUAUCAGACAGUGGGUAUGAGACUGAGAACCUGGAGUCUCCUGAAUGGAACCUUCAGGCUAAUGCCACCGUCGACUCCCCCGUCAAAAACGGCACGAAUGUUGCCAAAGAAGAAGAGGAGACGGAAGAGUGCACUGCUGCAGCAAAUCUGGUUCCACCAGAAAUCAUCAUUUCUGAAGUAGAAGUUGCUCCAGAUACUCAAAGUGAGGAUGCUGCUGAGGCCCAGCAGCCGGCUCAGGUACCUCCUGCUCAGGAAGCACCCAUGGGCAGUAACUACAGAGACUCUGCCUACUUCUCAGACAAUGACUCAGAACCUGAGAAGAAGGCUGAAGAGUCUGGAGUUUCUGCUGAAAUCCCAUGGCUGAGAAACUCAAUUGACGAGGGCAGCAAACCCUCUGCAGGCCCAGCACCGGAGCUUCACGGGGAUAGCGAUAUAGUUUCUUUAGUUACUCAGCAGAAAUCUUCUGGAGCUGCUGAAACACAAGCUGAGGCUGAAGAAAAACCUACUAUUCACGUUUGGGGCCUGUUUUCAAGGGUGGAUUCAGACAUCACAGAGGAACAGGAGGGGGAGGCAGCCAUCAGCCAUAAUGAAGAUGAAAACAAAUCCGACUUUAUCAAGGAUGCAACCACGACUCCCGAUCAACCAGACCAGUCUGAAGAUCCGGAAACCUCAAUUCCACUUCCCUCUGCUACUCCUUCAAAGCAGGAGAACGCAGUUCACGCUAAACUAACCAGGACCUACGCCAGUGAUGGUCAUAAAAUAAGAGAGUCGGACGUGGAGGGGCGUUACCUGGGGCGGCGGGACGGCUCGGGAUUAGACGUGGAGGAGGAGGACGUGGAUGCCGAUGAGGAGGACGAGAACAGCGAUGACUCCGACGACGACGUCCGUGCAUAUCGGCUGCACAGCUCCAGCUCAGAGAGCGAGGACGACACCGUGCAUCCGGUGCCGCUCAUUGUCUCAGACGACAGCAGAGCGAAGAACCUGAAGAGCUUGUUGAAACCCAGCGCUCUGAACGCCGAGUCCUCGUCCCCCUUGUCUUCAAGGAGCAGUGCGGAUAACUCCCGACGAGCUGUGUCCUUCUUCGACGAUGUCACUGUCUACCUGUUCGACCAGGAGACUCCCACUAAGGAACUGGCCGACCAUUCUUCAGGUUUAAACAGUCAGGUGCCAGAGUUCAGCAGCCCAGUGAACACUGCCAGCUACCUAAACCGGUUCACCAACUCUGAAAGCUCCACGGAUGAAGAGGGUGGUGGUUUUGAGUGGGACGACGACUUCUCCUCCACCAGCCCAGCCUUCCUGCCCCAGACGGAUAAAGACCCGGUAUCUAAGGCCAUGUCUUCAUCCGCGACAUCUCGCUUUUCCUCUCCGCCGCUGGCAGCAGGGCGCGUGCUGGAGCCCAGCUGGAGCGGCUCCUCGAACUACUCCCGUUUCUCCAUCUCACCGGCCAGCAUCGCUAGCUUCUCCCUCACACAUCUCACCGACUCCGACAUCGAACAAGGAGGCGAGUUGAGAAUUGUGUUCAAGACAUAGUUUGAGAUGAAAAUAUCUGUACCGGUCUUGUGUGUAUACGGUAAAUUUCAAGCUUUUGCAGGUAGCUACUUAGCUUAGCAUUAGCUCAAGUCUCUGUAGGCUGCUUGGAAUUCUCUCUUUAAUUACAAGAUAAUAUGAUGUAACAUGGUAAUUAUCAAGCCUUAGAGGUGAAGGUGGGUGGUUACCUUUGCAAAACAGAGCUAUACAAAUAACAAACCAACAGACAAAUAAUAAAUGAAUCCUCAAAUGUUUUAUUUUAUGUUUAAUAUAUACGCGUUUCCUUGUUCAAAUAAAUCAAGAUAUUUGAUUUUUCUAAUUAUAUAAAUGUAUUGUUGUUCCAUCACCUUGUUGACAUGACAAGAUGUGUUUUUAAGAUUUUAAAUGUUUCAUGUUCUUUAGUUCUUAAAAUAUUAUAAAAUAGUCCAGCUUGAGUGAUAUUCCAUUGUUUUAAACUCUCUUCUUAUUCUUUACUUCACCACAGGAAGCAGUGAAGAUGGAGAGAAAGACGAGUGUGAUAAAUGACGGGACCCCUGACCGUCACACUGCCCCGACAUGAACUCGAAUCGCACUUUUUGGGGAAUGGACAACAUCUGAUUGAGGACGCGAACCGUGGAGGCUUCUCUCAGGCAGAACUGUUCUUCAUGGAGCCGCUCAUCACAGCAAAGGCUGUGAAAUGACUUUCAGCGAACACAGACGGACGAGGCCCGGUCCCAGCCUGAGUCACAUCACCUCUCCAGCUACAUCUGCGUGUGUGUGAUUUCAGUUCAGUGCAAUUACACUUUGGAAUAUAAAAAAAGAAAAUGAAAAAAAAAGAGAGACGAGAGAAAAUGACUACAAACGGGCCGAGCUUCUAAACGUUUGCUCUAAAGACUCGUCGAGCUCAUUCCAAGUGUUUGGCUGCUUCUUUUUGUUGUGUGUCUAAGUGCACUCCUUCUCCAGGACUUCUGCGUCACCAAAAAAAAAGACUUUAUAUGUUCUCUCUUAACUGACACACCGGGCUGGCAAAGCUCUCACUACAGCCGUGCAGGAAUAAGCUCUUUGAUUUUUUUUUCAGCAGGUGUAAAACUGUUGAUUCAAGCUGUCGGUGCACCAUUGUUGAUUUUGCUCCUUCAUGUUGUGCGAUUAUUUCAGUGGUUGCCUUUUUUUAUUUUCUGGAACGAGUGAUUCAUUUUUCGUAAACUAUUUUGUUUUGUUGGGUGUAGUAACUAUCUCCUAAAGGGAGAGAAACUGUGGUGUCCUUCUGUAGCAGGCUGAACGUUAGGAAGCACCAUCCACACACACACACACAGGAUGACUGGAUAAUCAUCAACCCCUCAUCUGCAGAGGUGACGCACUGUACGCUCCUUCAUCUGUGUUUGAAAGGAGCGUUUACAGCAAGUAGUUUCAUAUUUUUGAGACAUCUCGGUAAGAAUUGUGGCCGGUAUUUGACAAGAAUUGUCAUAUUUAUCCCUAACAGUGGGGAGGAAAAGCUCUAAACAAGUUAUUUAUGUUGCAAAGCUUCAUUUGAUGCUCUGAACUGUGAACUGUGCAGGAAGCUGCUCGGACGGCUGCGUCUCGACUCCUCGUCACUCGGUCUCAUCAGACGACUUCACUAUCACUACAGAAUUUCUAAUCGCACGUCAUGUGAGAUUGUAAAAAGACACGUUUUGAGAUUUUAUUUUUAAAUGUCAGAAUGAAGAAAUGUGUUGAGCUGUUUGGUUAUAGAUGUGCAAUGAAUUCCAUGUAUCGGGUGAAAAUUGCAAAGGAGGUCAUAGGAUGAUCUGGUGAAACGUGGCAGCGUUUCUUAAGUAACGUGCAGGGACUUAAAUUAAAGCUACAUAAAAAAAAAAAUAAUGUCACUACUAGAACAAAUAACACUGCUGCUUUUAUCAGAGUUGUCUGCCUUUUUUUUUUUUAACUGUGUGUCAAAUUUAAUGAACCUGUUCAGAUGGCAUUCUCUCCCCCUCCCCCCUGUUGUCUCCGUGGCUGUGCAGGGUUGUACAGCUACAGGAAGGUUUUCUGUACAGGAUUUCGUGUACAGCUAUAAAAUCGGUUCUUUGAAAACUGUAAGUUCUACAAAUACUGUACGGUUCUCUCCUUUCUGUGACUCAACUCAUGUUAGAUUUCACCUGGGGAACAGCUAUACUCCACCUGUAGUAGUUGGUCACCAUCCCCCCCCGCCCCGUACAGAAGGCACUGUAUCUUAGGCGAUGUUAACCUCUGUUUAAAAACCAGCAGCCUGUGCUUCAGUUAAACUUGAACAUUUAUUUAAGGAAAAUUAUGUUUUAUCUGACUACAGUAUACAUUUUUGCUUAAUCUUGCACAUUUGAAAAAUGUAACUUAAUGUUGAACUGUUCCGAUGUGUAUAUAAAUGUACAUUUUUUUUUUGUUGUCUGUAAAUGGGAAAUGAUGUAACUUGAGUUGUAGGUAUGAGGUUUCAUUUUGUAACUUAAAGCUGAGGCGACCAGAGGAACAUAUCACAAAGCAGUUAAAUUAAGACGCGGAGAAGCGGACGUGGAAUUCAUUCUGUCCUUUAAACGUGUAGAUUUUAAAGAUAUUUUUACUUCAUAUUGAUCAUGCUUAGUGUAAUUGAAUGAAAUGUUUAUAAUUACACUGUUUAAUAUGAAAAUAAAUGCAAAUGAACUUCUAAUUUA